UGGCGCCACCCUCCGAGCUGGCGGCCAAACUGCAGAAGCGACACCUGAACAUGUGGGCUACACAACAGUGUUCCAAGCACGUCAGAUCUUCAGGUGAUGGCAAAGACAGGUAGGUAGUGGCGAACGACCAACUGGGUGUCGCACUUAUUUUUCCCCCCGAGGUCCUCUCUUUACUCCACCUGCUCAGUUCUGCUGGAGACCCAGAACCGGUGACUGGCUUUGUCACCGCGCCGCUGCUAUUUGAGCUAACGUCGGCUAACCAGCUGCUGCAGCCUUCUAAACAUGGCCACUGUUCCCAUUCCUGCUGGAACCAGUGCACUCUUACUGGAUAUUGAAGGCACCACCACACCAAUUACGUUUGUAAAGGAUAUCUUAUUUCCGUACAUCAGGGAGCAUCUUGAGGAUCACCUGUCUACUCACUGGGAAGAAGAUGAGUGCAAACAAGAUGUUCAUCUCCUUAAGAAACAGAUCGAAGAGGACAUGAAACAGAACCGAGCGUGUCCCAUCCACGCUGUGGACCAGACGGUUCACACAGAUGAGGAGAAGGCCAUCAGAGAAGUGGUGGAUAAUGUCCUGUGGCAGAUGGCAGCUGACAGGAAGUCAACAGCCCUCAAACAGCUCCAAGGUCACAUGUGGCGGUCAGCGUAUUCUUCGGGGAGAAUCAAAGGCGAGAUUUAUCAGGACGUGAUCCCGUCCAUUAAAAGAUGGAGAUCUCAGGGUCUUAAAGUGUACAUUUACUCCUCUGGAAGUGUGGAGGCACAGAAACUUCUGUUUGGAUACUCUGUGGAAGGAGAUGUCUUAGAGUUAUUCGAUGGUCACUUUGACACCAGUAUAGGCCCUAAAGUGGAAGGAAAAAGCUACGAGAGGAUCACAGAGAGAAUUGGCUGUCGACCAGAGGAAAUAAUGUUCUUGACAGACGUCACACGAGAGGCUAAAGCAGCUGAAGAGGCCGGGAUGAACGUGUUGGUGGUGGUCAGGCCUGGAAACAUGGAGCUGACAGACGAGGAGCGGGCCCAAUAUCACCUCAUCACAUCAUUCAACCAACUUGAAGCGACUGGACGAGCUUAACACCAGACUCAGAGGAAGAAGAGAAGACCUCUCUUCUCUGACCUUUUCCUUCUCUUCUUUAGCUCCACCCCUCCUCCUUUAACCCCGAGUAUCACCCUUUUUACAUCUGAUUAUUUUUGUUUAGCUAUAUUUAAAGGUCCACAGGAGUAGAGGCUGCUGCUUUGGCUAACAUUAGCGACCCGUUUUUAAUUAUUUUUAUCUUUCCAGUUUCUUUUAUGACAUUUUCUUCUGUGGAAAAGUAUACGGACAUAAUAGUAACUGAAAUGGAAAAUGGCUGUUAUCGGAUCCUCUUUUUGUUGACUGGGUGGAAGAUAGAGAAGCUGUAGAUAUGACGUGUGAGGUUACCCUACCUUUUUACCUUUUUUAGAUGAACCAUGUGUGAUUGACAGUCCUAAGCCUCAUCAGUGUUCAAUGUUCCAACCGUUUGUUUGUGCAGGUUAUGCGUCGGCGUUGUGUAUACAUUUCCCCCACUCUUUUCCUCCGUCUACAUUUACACAUGUUGCAGUGGUUAAACUAAUGUUAUAGAAAGUAGAACCACAGUGUAGUUGCACUGAGCUGAAAAAGUCUUCAUUUCAAACUGUUUGUAUCUUUAAUAAUUAGUCCUCUCACAAGUGAAUGGUGUCAAUUUAAAUGUGCCAUCCUCAUGGGUCUUGUGUAACAGGGGUCACUCUCUGGAAAGUUCCCUUAAAACGGCAAAGUCUAUAACUUAAUGUGUGAAACAUAGUUGGUAUUAUUCAGGAAAAGUUUGCUUCCAAUAAAAAAAAAAUGCCUUGUCUCACACAGAA